AUGACUUCAAGUGGGGCUGUUAAGCUGCGAUAUCCGCGCACCUCUCCCCCGCACGGAAUAUUUUUACCAUAUAAGGAGGGUAGGAUCAUCAUAUUCUCAUCAUUACCAGUGACUCCGGAGAACUAUGACGUAAGCGAAUGGUUGUAUCAACGUCUUCACUCCUACAACGUCCUAUCCAGGAGCCCAUUACUGGAUGGAAACAACGAGCGUGGAAAGUGUUUUGUCAUUGCAUGCGAAUUUGAAACCAGAGAAGUCGCUCAGGAGGUAGUCCGGCUGUUUAACAACUCAAUUGCACUUGGCUCCAAGAUCCACGUUCACCAGGCAAGGCCGCCGAUGAGAGUUCUUGGGGUUUCUUGGUCAUCUGGACGCAACCGAGCCCACUAUCAACCGCGCGACGAGGGAACGGCUGACGGCACCAACUUCGAGUCGAUGCAAGACGAUGUGUAUCGCAGAUGGCUUCUCAACAAGAAGGAUCGCGGGCUUUGGGUGCCGGGUCACAAGUAUUGA